UGACGUUUGAGGUGUAACUGCUGAUUCCAUAGUGAUACAUAGAUUUUAAUUCACAGAAAACUCGUGAAGAAGGUAAACUCACUGUAGGAAACUCAACCAGAGGCCAGUGGGAUAAAUGAGACAUGCAGACAGAGAAGGAGGAUGAGGAGGAAACUAAUCCUGAACAGUUCAUCGCUUUGUCGGAUUUUUCUGGAGGCGGGAGUGACCAGCUCAGUUUCCACAAAGGGGACAGGCUGCUGGUCCACGCCAAGCCGUCUGCGGAGUGGUGGUGGGCAGAGCUGCAGGGGGACAUAGGGUAUGUCCCGGCCACGUACCUGCACCAGGGCACGGAGGGGGAGGAAGAGGAGGAGGAGGAGGAGGAGGAAGAGGAGGAGGACACUUCUCUGGAAGACCCCUGGCAGGAUGAGGAGUACUUCGGCAGCUACGGGACACUGAGACUUCACUUGGAGAUGUUGUCGGACAAAAGCCGCACUGAGGCGUAUCGACAGGUGAUUCUCAGUAACAGUGCGUCUUUGAGGAAUAAGGUGGUGAUGGACCUCGGCUGUGGGACAGGAAUCAUCAGCCUGUUCUGCGCUCAGCUGUCUCAACCCUCUGUGGUGUACGCUGUGGAGGCGAGCUCCAUGGCGUUGUACACCAGACAGCUGGUGAAGCAGAACGGCUGCGACGCUGUGGUCACAGUUCUCCAGGGCCGAGCUGAGGAGAUGGAGUUGCCUGAGCAGGUGGACGUCCUGGUGUCUGAGUGGAUGGGCAACUGCCUGCUGUUCGAGUUCAUGGUGGAGUCGGUCCUUCUGGCCAGGGACCGCUGGCUGAGGGAAGGGGGUGUGAUGUGGCCCUCGUCUGCCGCCCUCACCUUGGUUCCGUGUCAGGCCGACAGUUACUAUGCAGAGAAAAUGGCUUUCUGGGAGCGACCUUAUGGCCUGGACUUCACCCCUCUACAGCCUUUGGCACAGCAGGAGUUCUUCACUAAACCAAAGUUCAGCCACCUCAUCGAGCCCAAAGACUGCCUCGCCACCCCCUCUGAUGUCAUCUGCCUGGACAUGUACACAUUGCAAGUCCAGGACCUAGAGGAAAUCAAAGGACAGUUUCAUUUCUGUGUGGAGAGGUCUGGUGUUUUCCAUGGAUUCACCGCCUGGUUCACUGUUCAUUUUGAGAGUCUUAAAACCGGGGGUGCAGCAGUGGAGCUCAACACAGGACCCAACUCUGAGCCGACACACUGGAAGCAGACGCUGUUCAUGUUAGACCGGCCGGUCAGUGUCUGUGUCGGGGACUCCAUUAGCGGAACCAUUGUUCUGCGCCGGAACCCGGUCUGGAGACGUCACAUGACCGUAGCCCUGCACUGGAACGUUAACAGCAGCACAGAGGAAACAGACAACUGCAAGGUCGGGACAAAGAUCUUCCCCAUGUGGAGGUGACAGCUAAUCAUCAGAGACGAUGACCACAAACACACGCGUAUGUCGACACGUCCUCUUGAGUUUAGGGUCAGCGAGGUAUCAGCUGUGAGCUGCUGCUGACCUUGAAUGAAGUGUGAUUUUUCGUACAGGGUUGAAUGUGUCCAUCACAGGAGGCUCAUCUGGCUGGACUGUUGUGAGGCCUAAUGAGGACAAGCCCAGGUGAUGAAACACACCAUGAACCAUGUCAUUACAGAGGAGUUACACACUAGGAACCAACUGUGGAGCAUCUAAAUUUCACCUUUUUCAAUAUGCUACAACAGGUACAAACAGCUAAAACAAAGUGUUUACACAAGGUACAUGUUGCCUUAAGGUGCGUAAUUAGUUCUAUAUAACAUAAUUAACAUUGUACUUCACACCAGUGAUCUACAUGCUAAUAGAUCUAUGUGGAUUUAAGGACAAAAAACUGAUAGCUUAUUACUUACAAGUCAUAUGUAUAACCUAACAGUUAUUCAUAUCUAAUCCUUUCAUUCUACACUCAAAAGUUAAUAGCACUUAAACACAAAAUAUUUUUAAAAUAAUGUGGCAGUCAUUAUUACAGAGAUGCAUUCACAUUAAUAUUUGUUUUAAAUAGCAUUAACUGUACAAUUAUUAAACUCGUGUUUGUACUUUG